UAGAACCUUCUUUGAAGAUAAAUCAGAGAAUACGAAAUAUAAAUCAAACUUAAUGCACCAUACCUAUAACCCAUUUGAGCAACCAGAGAUAAUAGCGUAUAUUAUCAAAAAUCUUACACUAUAUGAUCUUACAAAAUGCCUCUAUAUUAAUCGAAUAUGGAAUAAAGAAGCAAAACGUAAGUUCUUUAUAAGGCAAGAAAAACUUCAAGAUAUAUUCUGGAAAUUAGAAUCAGAAUUAGAAGAAGCCGAAGAAAAAUAUGCCUGGUGGAUUGGUGGAGGGGGUAAUACUAAUCCAGAAAUCGAAAACCCUUAUAUCAGAAUAAAUUCUUUGAAUCGUGAGUUGUUUGGAAUUAUUAAAAGACUGCAAGAAUUAGAACAUUACAUGUUGAGUAAUAAUAUUAUUGAUAGAAUAGCGGGAGCACAUUAUAUGUAUG